AUGGCGACCCGCAAAGGCAUAUCUAUGAACGGUUUGCCCGUGCUUAUCCUACCAAGUAUUGAGAAGAGAUUCAGUUUAUCGAGUAAAGAACUGGGGAUUAUUGCAGCUGCCAAUGACGUCGCCGCCCUUCUUUUCGUUGCUUUCAUCAGUUUCUAUGGAGACUAUGGCAACAAAAUAAAGUGGGUGAGCGGUGGAGCGGGUGUUGCAGGCUUUGGAGUACUUUUCUUCACUUUGCCUCAUGUCAUGAUUGGACCAUAUCAUGUUCCUGACUUUCAGCCAAGUAAAACUGGAAUGUGCUUAUUAUCCAAUAAAACCUCUUCAUCGCAGUCGUGUGACGGUGAUAAUGGAACCAUGUGGUACUAUAUGAUGAUAUUUGUUAUCGCACAGUUCAUCCACGGUGCUGGUAUCUGUCCAUUGUAUUCACUGGUCCCUUCGUAUUUGGAUGAAAACGUUGAACCGAAGCAGAUGCCUGUGUAUCUUGGUCUUUGGUACCUCUCCUCAUUUAUUGGACCCGGAAUUGGAGUAUUGCUAACCGGGCAAUUUCUUAGCGUUUACGUUGACAUUCAACAGCCAGAUGGAUUGAAUCUUACACCAAAAGAUCAUCGUUGGAUAGGAGCAUGGUGGUUAGGAUUUCUCGUCUUUGGUUUACUAUUUUUGUUCCUAGCAAUUGUUGUAUCGGGUUUCCCACGGUCUUUACCCGGGGCAAAAGAAAGACGUGAAAAACACAUACGCGAAGGAAAUUUACGAAAAGAAAACAGAAGAAAAGAAGCAAACCUGAAAGGAAUCAUCCCUGAGUUAAAAUCUCUAAUUUUGAAUUGGACAUUCCUGUUCAAUUCCCUUGGGGUAUCUGUAGGAUUCACCUUUAUGGGCGGUUUGGUUCCAUUUUUGGGGAAAAUACUUCAACUAAAAUUUGAUUUAGAUUCUGUGAGCAGUGGAUAUCUGAUAUCAGCAACAUUCAUCCCAACAACAGUGGGUAUGUUAAACACGCUUAUUGAAGUUAAGGUGAUCAAUAAUAAUAUAGUUGUCAAUCACUGUCACUAA